AUGUUUGCUGUUCCAGGAUGGUCCGUUUCGAGUUCUGCUCUAAAGCAGCAGACUGACCCUGCAUUGAAAUCCCAGAGUCAGUCCCAAGAGGGCCAAGGGGCGCAGGAAUCUCAUGGCAAAUCGAACAAGCGGAAGCGAGGCAAUGAUAAUGUCACCAAGGCCAAUGUUGAUGCAAUGUACCGUCGGCAUAUCGAAGGGCAGAAAGGCACUCCGAAAUCGCAGAAGCAGGGCGCAAACAAUACCGUGAAAGCUGAGAAGAAACAGAAGAAAGAUCACAAGUCACAGGUUGGAGAAGCCUCUGUUGCAGAGAAGCAAUCAGCGCCUGACCGCCAGCCCAAGAAAGAGAAUGCGAAGGCUCUACCCGGUGCAUCGAGCAGUGUUCAAGAUAAUGGAUCUAAGCAGAGCAAGACGGACAAGAAGAACAAACAAAAGAACAAGAAAAAGGAUCAGCAGCAACAGGAAGACAAACAAGUAGCCACCCAGGGAGGUGAAUCUGCUCUCCCUGCUGCUCCACCGAAGACGGAAGCAAUUCUUACGCCUCUUCAGCAGGCGAUGCGGCAGAAAUUGAUUUCCUCCCGUUUCCGCCAUCUUAACGAGACGCUGUACACUACGCCAUCGUCCAAAGCCCUCGAGCUGUUCACUUCCAACCCCGAGCUCUUUGAUGAGUAUCAUGCCGGUUUCUCCCGCCAGGUCAAAGAGUCGUGGCCUUCCAAUCCCGUUGAUGGUUAUACCGCAGCUAUCCGCAAGAGAGCAGGUGUACCAUCUGGCAAGAGAGGAAAUCAGUCAGAUAAUAAGAAACGCACCCAGGCUCUGCCUCUUCCUCGGAGACCUAACGGUCUCUGCACCAUUGCUGAUCUCGGCUGCGGUGAUGCGGCCCUCGCACGCAUUCUAACUCCCUCCGCCAAGAAGCUGAACCUGAAGCUGCUCAGCUACGACUUGCAUGCCCCCGAAGGCUCGCUCAUCACUAAGGCAGAUAUCUCCAACCUACCAAUCGCCGAUGGCUCAGUCGAUCUGGCCAUCUUCUGUCUCAGUCUGAUGGGUACCAACUGGGUGUCGUUUGUGGAAGAGGCAUGGCGGGUCCUUCGCAGCGAUGGUAAAGGUGAAUGCUGGGUUAGUGAAGUUAAGAGUCGAUUCGGGAAGGUGACUCGCAAGAAGGCGCAGAUUGGUGCGCGGAAACCACUCAGCAAGUCAGAAAAGAAGAAGCUGAAGAAGAAGAACGGGGGUGACGAUGAUCCUGGCUCGAACGUUGACGACGAGGAGAUCUAUGCGGAGGACGCUCGUCAGGCCAAUGAUGAUGAGACUGAUAUCUCGGCUUUUGUUGAAGUGUUCCGUACACGGGGCUUUGUCCUCAAACCCGAGUCGGUUGACAAGUCGAACAAGAUGUUUGUGAAGAUGGAGUUCGUCAAACAAGGUGCCCCAAUGAAAGGCAAGCAUGUCAAGGCCAUUGCGCCAGCGGCAGGUGGUGCCGGCAAGAAGAGAUUCAUCGAUAAGACCGCUGAUGCUGGUGCCGGCAUGUCUCCUGAAGAAGAGGCCCGCGUCCUUAAACCCUGUGUUUAUAAGAUUCGAUAG